GCCACGCUACGUUUUGCUUUCUUGAUGUUGCAAAGAUUUUUUUCCACUCAUCACUGGAGUUUGUGUGGCUGUUACCAUAACAGCCAGUUUAAUGGGUCAGACCUAGUAAUUGUUCUGAGCUCUCUGAGUCAGGAAGACAAAAGGAUCUACAAAGUCUUAGGCAGAAACUCUGGUAGAAUUUGAACAUAUUUGUUCUUCUUAGAGAGAUGUUUGAAAAAUAUCAAAAAACAUUCACUAAGGUGUUUUUAUAUACAUUUCAAAAUGGAUAAAGAGCGAAGAAAAUCAGAAAAGACAGAAAAAAGAGAAACACGUGAAGCGGGGACAUGUCCGAUGACUGUGCGUGAAGUGAAGAUAUUAAUCCCCAGGAGGAGGACUGUGAGGCCGAGGAUUCAAGUUUUCCCAAGGAAAAGCGGCUCCAUCACAGAGAAGGCUUCAACUACGUGUGUGACAUCAGGAAAUACAAUGAAGAUUUACGUCAACCUAAUGCCUGUUUUGGCUUCAGCCAAGGAGGAGGAGGAAGAGGAUGAUGUGAACAGCUGUCCAACUGAAAAGGAACCAGGAAACAGAAGCAAAAAUAAUCCAUCUGUCGCCAAAUCAGUGGACCUGAAAACAAAAAAUACUCACACGGCAUUAAUUUCAAGUUUGGCAACUGAAACCAAACAAUUACCUCCUGGUUUGGUGCUGCCACCUUUAACUCAACCUAAACCAGAUCACCAGGAGAACAAAAUACGCUUUACACCUCAGCCUCCUAUCAUGUUAUGUGAGCAACCAGCAACCAUCUGUUCAAACAUCACAACUAAAGGCAGUGAUGAUGGCGAUGGCAGGCUGUGGAUAGACAAUCCUCUGCUCUCGAGAAGUAGAUCUGUUGAGUUUUGUCUUCCUGACAUCUCCUUGUCCAGUCUGGAUGCCCUGCUGCAGACAGUCACACAGAAACUAGCAAGGAAGAGGAGAGGCACUGACAUGGCACCAUGGGGUCGAGUCCACUCUGAUCAACUCCUCGUGGCUGGCAAUGAACACCUGAAGGAGCACAAUGAUCGCUGCAGAACAGAAGGCCACCAUGUUGCAGCAAUUGCUCCAUCAAUGCCUGGACACAGUGUGAAGAGCCAUAUGAACCUUCCUCCACUUGUUCCUCCACCCACACUCAUCCUCACCAUGACGAAGAAAAGCUGCUGACUUUCAAUGGGAAACAGACUCACAACGUACAGUACUGUACAGGAAACCAUAUAUGUUUAUUUUACUCCAGGAGAAAACAUACAGUCAUACACCAUUUUUUUUCUUUUUACAGUAGCAUUUCAUGAGUAUAUGAUGUACAUCUUAUAAUAUGUACAUACAUAGAUUACUUCAUCUUCAAGUAAAACUGUUCAAGCAUAACACCUUAAAGCUACAUUCGGUGGUACAGUGAUUCGAGACAUCCAACUUAAAGUUUACAUUUCAAUACAUUUAACCAUUCAUGUAACAGUUUGAAUUUUGGAAUAAGAUUUUUUCAAAUAAUCUUAUGGCUUUUCAGUAGUUAGCUGUAACAAUCUUCUAAUUACUAUUAGAAGAUUACUAUUACUAUAUUAUUACUAUUAAAAAACACUGACAAAAAGUAUUCUUUUUUAUGAGUAUACAGUAGUCAAUUAUUUUUCCUAUUUUUUUUUAAACUGUCUCAUAUUUUCAAUUAAUCUUGUGAAAAAUAAAUGAGGUUUUCAGUAACCAAAACCACUACUUAAUAACAAAUGACAUAAAAUACAAAAUAAAAAGAAAAAGAAAA